GAACUCUGACCCCCGGGAGCCGGAGCCGCGCCGCAGCCAAAGCGACCCGCCGGACCGGCCACCGGGCCCGCCAGGGAUGUCUAAAGAGUGAUUAAGCACACCUGAUGGGAAGUCUUAACACAGAUACCCUAGGAAAUUCUGGUGAUUAAAGAUCAUGGCAACCAUAGAGGAACUGGCCCAUCAAAUUUUUGAACAGCAGAUGGGAGAGGUUACACAUUCCCAGGAAGGUGGUACACAGACACUAAUGGAUGGGGCAGCACAGCGAAUACAGAUUGUCCCUGCAGAUUCGGGCCUCUCUUUAUCACAGCGGAUACAGAUUGUCACAGAUCAGCAGACGGGCCAGAAGAUUCAGAUUGUUACAUCACUUGAUCAGAGCUCAGCAGGCAAGCAGUUCAUCUUAACAAAUCAUGAUGGCUCUACCCCAAGCAAGGUGAUCCUUGCCAGACAAGAUUCCACUCCAGGAAAAGUUAUCCUAGCAACUCCAGAUGCUGCAGGUGUCAACCAACUGUUUUUUGCAUCCCCUGAUAUAUCUGCACAACACAUCCAGAUUUUAACGGACAACUCCCCCAAUGAACAGGGCCUAAAUAAAGUGUUUGAUCUGUGUGUUGUGUGUGGAGACAAAGCAUCAGGGCGUCAUUAUGGAGCAGUGACCUGUGAGGGAUGCAAAGGAUUCUUUAAAAGGAGCAUACGGAAGAAUUUGGUUUAUUCGUGCCGGGGAACGAAGGACUGCGUCAUUAACAAGCACCACCGGAAUCGCUGCCAGUACUGUAGGCUGCAGAGAUGCAUCGCCUUUGGCAUGAAACAGGAUUCUGUACAGUGUGAGAGGAAACCUAUUGAAGUGUCAAGAGAAAAAUCUUCGAACUGUGCAGCUUCUACAGAAAAGAUCUACAUUCGGAAAGAUCUCCGUAGCCCAUUAGCUGCAACCCCAACUUUUGUAACAGACAAUGAAACAGCAAGAUCAACGGGUUUACUGGAAUCAGGAAUGUUUGUUAACAUUCAUCCGUCUGCAAUAAAAAGUGAACCUACUGUGCUGAUGACUCCAGAUAAGGUAGAAGCAUGUCAAGGAGAUUUAAGUACACUGGCAAAUGUAGUGACUUCAUUAGCAAAUCUCAGUAAAUGCAAAGACGUCUCACAAAGCAGUACAGAGCUAUCCAUGAUUGAAAAUUUGAGUAAUGGAGAUGCAUCAUUAUCUGAACUCAAGCAAGAAGAACAAGCUAGUAGUGAUGUUACAAGGGCAUUUGAUACUCUUGCAAAAGCACUAAAUCCAGGAGAGAGUGCAGCAUGCCAGAACUCUGAAAGCAUUGACACCAGUGCACAGCUGCUUGGGGGAGAAACAAGCAUGAACAUCGUGGAAAUAGAGGGGCCACUACUCAGUGAUGCUCAUGUAGCAUUCAGGCUCACCAUGCCUUCUCCUAUGCCUGAUUAUCUUAAUGUUCACUAUAUUUGUGAGUCUGCCUCCAGGUUGCUUUUCUUGUCCAUGCACUGGGCACGUUCCAUUCCAUCUUUCCAAGCUUUGGGACAGGAUAACAGCAUAUCAUUAGUAAAAGCCUGCUGGAAUGAACUUUUUACGCUUGGUCUAGCACAAUGCUCACAAGUUAUGAAUGUGGCAACGAUCUUAGCUGCUUUUGUUAAUCACCUUCAAGGCAGUUUACAACAAGAUAAGCUGCCAACAGACAGAGGAAGACUAGUAAUGGAGCAUGUCUUCAAAUUGCAAGAGUUUUGUAACAGCAUGGUUAAACUGUGUCUGGAUGGGUAUGAAUAUGCAUAUUUGAAAGCAAUUGUCCUCUUCAGUCCUGAUCACCCAGGUCUAGAAAAUGUGGUACAGAUUGAGAAAUUUCAAGAAAAAGCUUACAUGGAGUUCCAAGAUUAUGUAACAAAGGCGUAUCCGGAUGAUACCUACAGGCUAUCUAGACUUCUUCUGCGAUUGCCUGCUCUCAGGCUGAUGAGUGCUGCCAUCACUGAAGAGCUGUUCUUCGCAGGACUGAUUGGCAAUGUUCAGAUUGACAGCAUCAUCCCAUACAUUCUGAGAAUGGAGACAGCAGACUACAACUCUCAGAUCAUAGGUCAUGGUGUGUAAAAGGAGCGGUCCAGGAUUCUGUACCAUGGCAAUCAUGGUGAUGUAAAUGCAUACCCUGUCUCCAAGAGAUGGUCGUAAGCCUUCCAGUGCACCUUUCCAAAGAAGGCUCAUAUUCCUCCUUUCCAGUACACUUGGGAAACGUGGUGGAGUGUAUUAGGAUAUAGGAUCCCUUCCUGUUCUUCAUCUGUCUUCAAGGACUUGUAAAUUAACUUGCUAUCUGAAGAAGGUCAAGAAUUGUCCAUCCUAUUUUUGUAGGUAGACGGACUUGGAAUAUUUGUUUAUGAAGUUCAGGCUUAUGAGGAAACUGAAGAAGCUUUGAUUGAACUAAGGUAUCUCAACUUAGUUUGAUGUUUUAGACAAAUAAAUUAACUUUCCUCUCUGA